AUGAACCAGGACUCGACUUCCGCCCAGGAUGGGUCGCGAGUCAAUGGUACUGCGAAACUCCCCUCCGGAUCCGACGCCCCCCGCACUCUCGAAGAAGUAGCCGUUGACCUUCGGAAAAAGGUGGAUAAUCUAUUGGAGCUUCAGACUGAUGAUGAGCUGUUACAAAAUCUGCAGAAGCAGAUUCGUAUAUCUAUGAAAGUUAUUGAGGAUUCGUUUCAGCAGUAUCGACCCCAAGAAUUGUCGCUGUCAUAUAAUGGCGGCAAGGAUUGUCUCGUCCUAUUAGUACUGAUUCUAGCCUGCCUCCCUUCGUCGUUACCUACGGAUUCGGGAUUUCCGAAAACCCUCCAAUCCAUUUUUAUAAUUCCAUAUAAGUCAUUCCCGGAAGUCUAUGAGUUCGUUCAAACAUCCUCGAAAGAUUAUUUUCUGGACUUGACUCGCUAUGAGCUCCCAAUGCGCGCUGCGCUAGAGGUUUAUCUGAAGGAUCGACCGAAUAUUAAAGCCAUAUGGAUUGGGACCAGACGAGUUGACCCCAAUGGUGGGCUUCUUAAGCAUUUUGAUCCUACGGAUAAAGAUUGGCCUCAAUUUAUGCGGAUACAUCCCGUUAUUGAUUGGCACUACGCAGAGAUUUGGGCUUUCAUUCGCCAUCUAGGCUUGGACUACUGUCCUCUAUACGACCGAGGCUACACCUCUCUCGGAGGGGUUAACGAUACGUUUCCCAAUCCUGCCCUCGCCAUCCCGGGUGAUCAAUCCAAGUUCCGACCAGCCUACAAACUCAAAGAAGAUAACGAAGAGCGUCUUGGCCGUGACCGGAAAAAGUGA